AUGGCGAGGGCAAGCCUUCGGCAUGAGACAGUCCUCAUCGGACCUUCCAUUCGACUAUCCAAACUGGCAACUUUUGACGCGGCACCCAAAAUCGUCACUGUCAUCGUCGCCAUUUUUGGUAUCUCAGUUCUUGCUUUUACUCUGCUCCAUUCACGCCCGAAGCCGAAGGUGCCGAUAUUGCUCCAGGACGAAGUGCGAAGCAGUAGAGGGCGACGCCAAGCAUAUUGCUACAAAUCAAGAGAGUUGAUGGGAAAGGGAUAUGAACUGGACAUGCAAAAGGACUACACAUACUUUGGCGGUGCGCCUGACAACGUAGUCAACGCCAUCAAAGGGAAAUUCAAUGCGUCACUGGGAUCUCUUACGCCCAUCAUGCAUGAAAUUGUGAUCCGCAAUCGAGCACGGAUUAUGGGCGAAUAUAAAGAUUGGACUCCUGUCAAAGUUCAUGACCGGAUAUUGAAGCUCACGGGACACACCAACGCUCGCGUGUUUCAUGGUACGGCGGCAAGCUUGAGCGAGGAAUGGGUUGAUGCUUCUACUGGAUAUGUGUUAUCCACCUUUGAUUGCAUUCGCGCCCUGAAGGCAUGGCCGCCAUACCUGCGGCCUCUGGUCCACCGCUUCCUACCAGAGCGCGCUGCAAUCAACAACCAAUGGAGGAGGGCACGUCCCUUUAUCGUGGAGUCACUGGCGCACAAGAAGGCACUGAAAGGCGCGUUCCUCGAGGAGCCCGGCUCCAUGUUGGAUUACAUGUCCAGCGGCAAGAACGGGUCUAUCGCCUACGACGUUGAAAAACAGUUGCUCUACCAAAUGACACUCGUCGCUGUUGGGACGGUCACGACCUACUCUUCUAUUGUUCAGGUACUCUACGAUCUUGCAGACCACCCGGAAUAUACCCCCAUGCUUCGCGAAGAGGUUGACGCUGCCGAUCGAGACCAGAACGGGUAUUUCACAAAGGAUGCCGUGUUUGAGAUGAAGAAACUUGACAGUUUCAUCAAGGAGAGCCAGCGCCUCCGAGCGCCAGAUAUGUCUACUUUCCAACGGGCAGCUACCGCAGACAUUACUCUCUCCGACGGGUUCUUCAUUCCAAAGGGAACAAAACUUGAGAUCCCUACUGCUGCCAUUCAGGUCGAUGAGCACAUAUAUCCCGACGCUCAAACGUUUGAUGGUCUUCGCUUUUACCACGAACGACAAAAGCCUGGUGAGGAUAACAAACACCUCUACGUCAGCGUUGGCCACAACGAUCUGUCGUUUGGUUUCGGCCGCCACGCCUGCCCCGGCAGAUAUCUUGGUCACAUUAACAUUAAAUUGAUCGUUGCCGAAGUCCUCUUGAACUACAAUAUCAAGUUGGGAGAAGGCCAAGGGCGACCGGUGGACCGGGAAUUUGAGGCAAUUGUGAGUUUUCCUCUGUCCCCGUUCAUUGCACAAAGAUGA